GUCUUGUUUACAUUCUGUUUAAAUUCAUUUAUCCUAAAUUAUUUAUGAAUUUAAAACACCAAUUCGAAUAAAAUUGUAUAGAAAUAUAGCAGUACCAUUUCAUAAAUAAUUUCUAUCAACCGCAACGUACUGCUGAAGCCGGCAGCAAAUUUCCCGCGCUUCCAAGUUUCACUUUCGUAAUCGUAUUGUUUCACGAUCACAAUGUUAUCGACGGUGGAUUUAGAAAGGCUAAUUGCAGUGAAAAGACUUGAGAUUGAGAAGGAGAAAAUUAUGCUGGGGCUUGCGCCGGCGGAGGCGAGCGACAACAUCCAAAAUGGAGAGCAAGGAGUGGAAGCAGCGAAGCCUCACGUGAGCUUCGCCAGGGGUGGAACCCUGGGCGAAAACAAUGCCACAGCCGCACAGGAGAAGAAAAAAGACUCUGCCUCGGAGCUGGAGGGCGAGAUACCACCUGAUCUAGACAGAUAUAUCCGGGAGCAUGAAACUCAAAACUCCCCAUUCUACUUAGGCCUGGAGUUCGCAUAUUCUCCCUUAGUCACUUCUUACGACAUUUACUACGGGAAGAGUGACGAUGAUUCUGGCGGAAUGACAUUAUCUUGGGCCAAAUUCAGAAGCUGA